UUGACCGCGGCAGUCGGAACGAACUCCUGCUUGUUUCCUUGAGUUUGUUUGCACGACUCAUUCCGGAAUUUAUUCUCAAGAAAUACAUAUUACUUGUCGGGGAAAUGGCGUGAGACGCGUCCACGCAGCAGCUCCAGAGAAGGGGGGAGAGGGUGGAGGGGCACAGCGUUCCAGACUGGGGGUCGCAGGUGGAUGGACGCGCCUCAGCUCACCGUGCCCAAUUCACUCUGGAUCUCACACGGGGACGACUCUCUGUGCUUAUUUCAGAAGAUCUGAUUUACAUUCCGGCUGACUGCGCAGAACUCGGAUAUGAUUGCAGCGCAACAAAUUUAUAGCCCCAGCUCCCCUUGGCACCUUGUGCUGCAUUUUUAACGCCAUUGUGAUUGUACUGGACUUCACGCUCCGAAGGUGUCUAGUCAUGUAACACUGAUCCUACCAGUCCUCUAUCCUUUAUUUGGCUUUCCCUCUCAAGAUACUGCUCUCCUUCAUUCGUCAUGGCUUUGGAUCAAUGGCCCUUCCUUACUACUCCACCCAACAUCACAAUCCCAGAGCCGCUUUUGUACGACAGCUUUAUACCAGAGAACGACUCGGACCUGGACCUCAACAUCACGCAGACAUGGGAGCAUCACCAGGACAAGACCAGCUCUCUGGUCAUCACCUUUAUCUACUUCAUGGUUUGUGCCGUGGGGCUGUGCGGCAACACCCUGGUCAUCUACGUCAUCCUGCGCUACGCCAAAAUGAAGACGGUGACAAACAUUUAUAUCCUGAACCUGGCGGUGGCCGACGUUCUGUGCAUGAUGAGCCUGCCGUUCAUUGCACUGCAGCUGACCCUGGUGCACUGGCCGUUCGGAGAGGUGCUGUGCCGGGUGAUCAUGACAGUAGACUCUCUUAAUCAGUUCACCAGCAUAUUCUGCCUGAUGGUGAUGAGCAUCGAUCGAUACCUGGCUGUUGUCCAUCCUAUCAAGUCGACAAAGUGGCGGAAGCCCCGUGUUGCCAAGUUGAUUAACCUGACAGUGUGGGGCGUUUCUUUGCUCGUCAUCCUGCCGACGAUGAUCUACAGCGGCCUGAAUAAGGUUCCUGUGUGCGGCAUCAUGUGGCCCGAGCCUCAAGACGUCUACAACAAGGCAUUCAUAUUCUACACCUUCUUCGUCGGAUUCUUCCUCCCGCUGGCGGUCAUUUGUCUCUGUUAUCUGUUCAUUAUCAUUAAGGUGAAGUCCUCUGGAAUGCGCGUUGGUUCUGCCAAGCGUAAGCGUUCUGAGCGCAAAGUGACCAGAAUGGUGUCUAUCAUUGUGGCGGUCUUCGUCCUCUGCUGGCUGCCGUUCUACAUCUUCAACGUCACCUCUGUCACCGGCUCCAUCCACCCCACCUCGGCCGUGAAAAGCACUUUUGACUUUGUGGUGGUCCUGGGCUACGCCAACAGCUGCGCUAAUCCCAUCCUCUACGCCUUCCUGUCCGAUAACUUCAAAAAGAGCUUUCAGAAUGUGCUGUGCCUCAAGAAGGUGGCAGGGCUGGACGAGGUCGAGCGGAGUGACAGCCGGGCCGACAGAAGCAGGAUGGUCAACGAAGCUAUGAUCAUCAACGCUAACUUGGAUGUUCACAAUGCUGCGCUGCUCAAUGGCGAGCUGCAGACCAGCAUCUGAGAAGGUGGCCGCACCGUUAGAGAUUCACCUCACGUCAAGAAACGUCACGAUGCAGCUGCUGCGGUUCAACUCCAUCAUGUAAGAAAUUGGCAUGUAAACACUUUCAUUUGCUCCUCAAAGGUCAACGCAUUGACUCAAACCGCAUGAUACUUGGCUUAAUGAAUCACUUAGUUCACCCAGAGACUGAGAAAGAAGCCAUCAAUUUUCAACUCAAUCGAUCCUGGAAAACCAGAGGCCGGGGUACCGCUUCAACAGCGAGCAGACACCAAACCAGAUGCUGGUCAAGUGGCUGGAGUACAGAUCGUGUCCUUUUUCAAAGCUUUUCCGGAAGUUAGUGGAGUUUUGAAUCUUGCUGAAUGUGGAAAAUAAGCGUCAAAGUGGAACAGCCACGCUUGAGAAAGAGAGUCAAAACCAGAUGCCGAAAAUAGGUCCAUGUUUAUCUUUUAUUCAUGGCGACCAUUUAGCCUGAUUAACAAGCCAACAAACUGCCAACUCAUGGAUCUUAAAAAAGCUCUCCACUCACCAUUCAGUAGCGUGGAGAAACAAAAACAUCCUGACCCUGUUGGCUAAAAGCAGAAAUGAUUUUCUGUCCGCCUGGGAAAGAACUCAUGGAUGAUCAACCCAGACCACCGUCAAAAGAGACUUCCUGCUGAAGUCAGCGUCAAGGAUUUUUUUGGGACACAUUUUUUGGUUUUUAGGUUAAGUGUCUUUUGCUGUGCUGUCUUGUUUCCACCAACACAGACUGGCAAAUGUGUCAAAUCUCACAGGAGGCGGGAGAAUGUGUCAUGGUUUUGUGGAGAAGGGGGGUGAGAGAAAUAGACGCGUCAGCGCUUGUGUUGUAUCUCCAAAUUACAUAAGACAAAGCUGGGCAGCUCUGAAUGUCGAAAGACGGCUCCCAAACCACUCUCUGAGAUGUACAUUAUAAACCGACAUCAACACGCCGCCGUUUCGGUUGACACUGGAUCUCACUGCUGUGUUGACAUUUUUCUGCUUGUUACUGUUGGAUUUCUCCUUGCAAGUUUUAUUCAUUUUAUGGGUACAAAGAUCAGAAUCAGAAUCAACUUUAUUGCCAUGGUCAGUGGGGAUCCCACCAACUAGGAAAGUUCUAUAAAAUAAAAUAAAAUAAAAUAAAAUAAAAUAAAAU